AUCUGUCACGAUUGCACAUGAGAAACAAUCAUGUGCCAAGUGUGGGAAUGUAGCACCAGCUGUCGUGCGCGGAUCGAAACAUACGCCAACCGUGAAGUGUGAUGCUCAUUCACCAGUUGUAAAGUGUGGAAUCAUUUUUGUUGACUUCUAUAUCCAACUUCGAAUAUGGGACGAAUUUCACCGAAUAUUAAAGAAGGCACCAAGGUUUCCGUUUUGGAUUCAGUUUCUUGAUGCCCAACCAGAGAUGGAAAUCGAGAUCUCGGCGGGUCGAAUGAAAUUCGAAGCCAUUUCCACGGCUAAUGAUGAACCAAAUUCCAAUCUAAAUAAUAUAAAUAACGAAUCAGAGGAGUCAGCUAAUAGUGAAACUGAUAUUUCGAGUGAUAGCGACCAAAGCGUAAAUAGAGAAACAGCAAUUGCCAGAAAUACAAAUAAUAUGUUGUGA